UAGAAGGGACCAGCACAGGUUAUACCACCCCGGCUGCCCCUCAGGCUUACAGCCAGCCCGUCCAAGGGUACGGCACCGCCGCUUAUGACACCACAACUGCCACAGUUACCACCACACAGGCUUCCUACGCCGCUCCAUCUGCUUACGGAACCCAGCCUGCCUAUCCUACCUAUGGACAGCAGCCAACAAGUACUACAGCUGCAAGACCCCAGGAUGGUAGCAAACCUACAGAUACCAGCCAAGCUCAGACUAGCUCAACAGGCUACACUCAACCGAGCCUAGGAUAUGGCCAGAGUAACUACAGUUACCAGGUUCCUGGAAGUUACCCAAUGCAGCCGGUGACUGCACCGCCCGCCUACCCGCCAACCAGCUACUCUUCUUCUCAACCAAGUAGUUACGACCAGAGCACUUACUCCCAGCAGGGCGCCUAUGGGCAGCCGAGUAGCUAUGGCCAACAGGGUAGCUAUGGGCAGCAAAGCAGCUAUGGGCAGCAGCCCCCCACCAGCUACCCACCUCCCACUGGAUCUUACAGCCAGGCACCAAGCCAAUACAGCCAGCAGAGCAGUAGCUACGGGCAGCCAAGUUCAUUCCGCCAAGACCAUCCCAGCAACAUGGGUGUGUAUGGCCAAGACUCUGGAGGCUUUUCUGGCCCAGGAGAAAGCCGGAGCUUGAGCGGCCCUGAAAACAGGGGCAGGGGAAGAGGGGGAUUUGAUCGUGGAGGCGUGAGCAGAGGUGGGCGGGGAGGAGGAGGCCGCGGCGGAAUGGGCAGCGCUGGAGAGCGAGGUGGCUUCAGUAAGCCUGGUGGACACAUGGACGACGUCCCAGAUCUCGAUUUAGGUAACUUGGAAGUCCUGCUGGUUAAGAGGUUCCUCUAUCAUAGUUGGGUCACACACGCACACACGCACACACACAAAGCAGCCGCCUUUCCCACCUGCAGCCCUUCGUGUCUUGCUGAAAGGAGAAGGCGGCAUUUUGACAAACAAGGGGAAAACUCUUGAAGCCCAGAACGGGCAGAUCAGCCUCUCCCUGCCCUGGGAAAGCAGUUGGUUCUCUUUUAGAGCAGGAGUCCCUGCCCCCUGGGCUGAGGAACGGCACUAGUCCACAGUGUGCCAGAAACCGGGGCCCUGCAAACAAGCAAAGCCCCAUCCACGGGAUGCAGGUGGCACGCGAAAUCACGCCUACCACCACCACCUGUCCACAGAAAAAUGGUUGGGGGCCACUGUUUUAGAGACCCUGCACAAAAUUCUAGCUCUUUCUGUCUUUGUAUACUUCCUUGCUCUGUACUUGCACUUGACUUACACUCUGCUGGCUGAAGUUAGAUUAAGCAGCCUUGCUAUUUUGCGAUAGAUUAGAUUGGGUGGAUGGCAGGAGGGAGGGGUGACUGGAUGGAUGAAUAGAUUAGAUUGAUAGAUGAUAGAUAGAUAGAGUUAGUAGAUGAUAGAUAGAUUGAGAGAU